GUGGUCUCCCUGAGCACUUGUUAACGGCCAGCUUUAUCAAAAGAAUUGCCGGCCCCACGCUUCCCGAACCGCGCUCGAAAUUCUUUCUCAUAUGAGUGGCUCACUAGCACUCCUGGCUUCACGUUUCGCUAAUUAAUGGAUAGGACCUUCACAGUGCCUUCCGGAUAAAGGUUCUGGGUCAAUGAAUGGGUCAUGGGCCAUACUUGAGAGCAGAGCUCCUUAUAUUUCCCUUCCCCCACAUUCCCGAACCGACAGAUUUUUCGUCCUCCCCGCAUACAGAAUCUCGAUUGUCAUACUGUCGACGAAAUGGCCUCAAAUCACACCAACGGAGAUAAAGCAAUGCUUCCUCUCAUAAUCAACAAUGAGUCAGUCAUCACGGACAAUGUAGUGGAGGUCCAUAACCCGGCAACAGGCGAACUCCUCCACCGUUGCGCUGGCGCAUCCGUUGACGAUGCAAACCGUGCCGUGGCGGCUGCGAAAGCUGCCUUUCCUAUCUGGAGCAAGACGCAUCCGUACGAGCGCAGGGCGAUACUGAGCAAGGCUGCCGAUAUCAUGUUUUCUCGGAAGGAGGAGUUCAUCAAAACCCAAAUGGAGGAAACAGGAGCCGGGAGGAUGUUUGUGGAGGUGACAUUCAUGGCAAGCGUUUCGUUCUUGAGGGACUUCGCAGGGAUGAUUCCCAGCGUUGAAGGAAGAGCGCCUAUUGUUGCUGAAGAAGGACAAAGCGCGUUGGUGAUAAAGCAGCCAUAUGGUGUUGUUCUAGGGAUCGCGCCCUGGAACGCUCCUUUUAUCCUCGGAACUCGUUCAGUCGCUCUCCCUUUGGCCGCUGGAAACACAACGAUCCUCAAAGGCUCCGAGUUGUCUCCGAAAUGUUUCUGGUUGAUCGGGGAUGUUCUCCGGGAAGCUGGACUUCCCGCAGGCUGCUUGAACGUGAUCUAUCACAAGACCUCAGAUGCGCCCGCGGUCACCAAUGCGCUUAUUGCCCACCCAGACGUGCGCAAGAUUAGCUUCACGGGUAGCACUCUUGUUGGUUCGAUCAUUGCCUCCACCGCUGGAAAGUAUAUCAAGCCGGUUCUGCUUGAGCUGGGUGGUAAAGCCUCCGCGAUUGUUCUAGAUGAUGCCGACCUGGAGAAGGCUGCGAUGGGCUGUACACUGGGGGCUUUUCUGAACUCUGGCCAAAUCUGCAUGUCGACGGAGCGCAUAGUAGUCCAACGCCCUGUCGCGGAGAAAUUCCAGAAGUUACUCGUUGAAACAUCCGAGAAGAUUUUCGGCAAGAACGCGCCUGCACCUGUCCUUGUGGCGACCGCUGCGGUCAAGAAAAACCAAGGUCUGGUAGCUGAUGCGAUCGAUAAGGGUGCCUCUGUCGUUUUUGGCGACCCUAAAGAAAGCGAGCCAUGCGCAAACGCUCUGCGCCCCGUUAUCGUUGGAGGCGUCACCAAGGAGAUGGACCUCUAUGCCACAGAGUCUUUCGGACCGACAGUGUCCCUGAUCGUUGUCGACAGUGAGGAGGAAGCCAUUAAGGUGGCCAACGACACAGAAUAUGGCCUCACAUCGGCAGUGUUUACGAGCAAUCUGUUUAGGGGUCUAAGGGUGGCCAAGCAGAUUGAGUCUGGUGCUGUUCACAUCAACUCAAUGACGGUCCACGAUGAGCCGACUCUGCCUCACGGUGGAUGGAAGAGCAGUGGAUUCGGCCGCUUCGGUGGCACCGCUGGCUAUGACGAGUGGCUUCAAACAAAGACCAUUACCUGGGUGGAGUAA